AUGCACAAAGGCCCAAAUGUAGGCAAGUCCUCGAGGAAGAGGGAGAGGAGUUUGACAAGGUCCCCAAAGCCAGCAAGGAAGGGGCCUGAGCCUGAAGGGAGCAAUUGUCUCUUUGUCUUUGCCACCUGUGGAGAAGGGGCCUGUUCCUCCAGCUCAGGGGUAGUCUGGGUGAAGGGGCUUGAGUCGUGGAUGAAAGAAUGCCUGGAAGUCCACCACCAGCACUUCCCUGUGUCUGAGAGUCUGCUUCCUGUUCCAGUGGACUGCCAUGGAGAGGACCAGCGAGCCAGAAGGGCCCUUGACCACCUCCCUUUGGUCUUCAAAACUCCCGGCGUUUUCUUCCGUAGGAAACAUACUGAUUUUUCCCGGCGCCACGUGCAUCCCGGGGCCGCGGCCGCGGUCCCCGGGGACUAUGUGUGGAUGGACCUGAGAUCAGGGCAGGAAUUCGACGUGCCCAUCGGGGCGGUGGUGAAACUCUGCGACUCUGGGCAAAUCCAGGUGGUGGACGAUGAAGGCAACGAACACUGGAUCUCCCCGCAGAACGCCACGCACAUCAAGCCCAUGCACCCCACAUCGGUCCACGGCGUGGAGGACAUGAUCCGUCUGGGGGAUCUCAACGAGGCGGGCAUCCUGCGCAACACGUACACGGGUUCCAUCCUCGUGGCCGUGAAUCCCUACCAGCUGCUUUCCAUCUACUCGCCAGAGCACAUCCGCCAGUACACCAACAAGAAGAUUGGGGAGAUGCCCCCCCACAUCUUCGCUAUCGCCGACAACUGCUACUUCAACAUGAAACGCAACAGCCGGGACCAGUGCUGCAUCAUCAGUGGGGAGUCUGGGGCAGGGAAGACAGAGAGCACCAAGCUGAUCCUGCAGUUCCUGGCGGCCAUCAGUGGGCAGCACUCGUGGAUCGAGCAGCAGGUGCUGGAGGCCACCCCCAUCUUGGAAGCAUUUGGGAAUGCCAAGACCAUCCGCAAUGAUAACUCGAGCCGUUUCGGGAAGUACAUCGACAUCCACUUCAACAAGCGGGGUGCCAUCGAGGGUGCCAAGAUCGAGCAGUACCUGUUAGAGAAGUCACGUGUCUGUCGCCAGGCCCCCGAUGAGCGAAAUUACCAUGUGUUCUACUGCAUGCUGGAGGGCAUGAGUGAGGAUCAGAAGAAGAAGCUAGGCCUGGGCCAGGCCUCCGACUAUAACUACUUGGCCAUGGGUAACUGCAUAACCUGCGAGGGCCGGGUGGACAGCCAGGAGUACGCCAACAUCCGCUCUGCCAUGAAGGUGCUCAUGUUCACUGACACCGAGAACUGGGAGAUCUCGAAACUUCUGGCCGCCAUCCUGCACCUGGGCAACCUGCAGUAUGAGGCCCGCACAUUCGAAAACCUGGAUGCCUGCGAGGUCCUCUUCUCCCCGUCGCUGGCCACAGCUGCAUCCCUACUUGAGGUGAACCCCCCAGACCUGAUGAGCUGCCUGACCAGCCGCACCCUCAUCACCCGUGGGGAGACGGUGUCUACCCCGCUCAGUCGGGAGCAGGCGCUGGACGUGCGAGAUGCCUUUGUCAAGGGCAUCUAUGGGCGACUCUUCGUGUGGAUUGUGGACAAGAUCAACGCGGCGAUCUACAAGCCUCCCUCCCAGGAUGUGAAGAACUCCCGCCGGUCCAUCGGCCUCCUGGACAUCUUUGGAUUUGAGAACUUUGCUGUGAACAGCUUCGAGCAGCUCUGCAUCAACUUCGCCAAUGAGCACCUGCAGCAGUUCUUCGUGCGGCACGUGUUCAAGCUGGAGCAGGAGGAGUACGAUCUGGAGAGCAUCGACUGGCUGCACAUCGAGUUCACAGACAACCAGGACGCCCUGGACAUGAUCGCCAACAAGCCCAUGAACAUCAUCUCCCUCAUCGACGAGGAGAGCAAGUUCCCCAAGGGCACAGACACCACCAUGUUGCAUAAGCUGAACUCCCAGCACAAGCUCAAUGCGAACUACAUUCCCCCAAAGAACAACCACGAGACGCAGUUCGGGAUCAACCACUUUGCAGGUGUUGUCUACUAUGAGACGCAAGGUUUCCUAGAGAAGAACCGGGAUACCCUGCACGGGGACAUCAUCCAGCUGGUUCACUCCUCCAGGAACAAGUUCAUCAAGCAGAUCUUCCAGGCCGACGUCGCCAUGGGCGCCGAGACCAGGAAGCGCUCGCCCACACUCAGCAGCCAGUUCAAGCGCUCGCUGGAGCUGCUGAUGCGCACACUGGGUGCCUGCCAGCCCUUCUUCGUGCGCUGCAUCAAGCCCAAUGAGUUCAAGAAGCCCAUGUUGUUUGACCGGCACCUGUGCGUGCGCCAGUUGCGGUACUCAGGCAUGAUGGAGACCAUCCGAAUCCGCCGGGCUGGCUACCCCAUCCGCUACAGCUUUGUGGAGUUUGUGGAGCGGUACCGUGUGCUGCUGCCCGGUGUGAAGCCGGCCUACAAGCAGGGUGACCUUCGUGGGACGUGCCAGCGCAUGGCUGAGGCUGUGCUAGGCACCCAUGAUGACUGGCAGAUUGGCAAAACCAAGAUCUUCCUGAAGGACCACCACGACAUGCUGCUGGAGGUGGAGCGGGACAAAGCCAUCACCGACAGAGUCAUCCUCCUCCAGAAGGUCAUCCGGGGAUUCAAGGACAGGUCCAACUUCCUAAAGCUGAAGAACGCAGCCACGCUGAUCCAGAGGCACUGGCGUGGACACAACUGCAGGAAGAACUACGGGCUGAUGCGCCUGGGCUUCCUGCGGCUGCAAGCCCUGCACCGCUCCCGGAAGCUGCACCAGCAGUACCGCCUGGCCCGCCGGCGCAUCAUCGAGUUCCAGGCCCGCUGCCGCGCCUACCUGGUGCGCAAGGCCUUCCGCCACCGCCUCUGGGCUGUGCUCACCGUGCAGGCCUAUGCGCGGGGCAUGAUCGCCCGCAGGUUGCAUCGGCGCCUCAGGGCCGAGUACCUGCGGCGCCUCGAGGCCGAGAAAAUGCGGCUGGCGGAGGAGGAGAAGCUCCGGAAGGAGAUGAGCGCCAGGAGGGCCAAGGAGGAGGCCGAGCGCAAGCACCAGGAGCGCCUGGCCCAGCUGGCCCGUGAGGAUGCUGAGCGGGAGUUGAAGGAAAAGGAGGCGGCUCGGAGGAAGAAGGAACUCUUGGAGCAGAUGGAAAGGGCCCGCCAUGAACCUGUCAAUCACUCGGACAUGGUGGACAAGAUGUUUGGCUUCCUGGGGACUUCGGGUGGCCUGCCAGGCCAGGAGGGCCAGGCCCCUAGCGGCUUCGAGGACCUGGAGCGAGGACGGAGGGAGAUGGUGGUGGAGGACCUGGACGCUGCCCUGCCCCUGCCCGACGAGGAUGAGGAGGACCUCACUGAGUAUAAAUUCGCCAAGUUUGCUGCCACUUACUUCCAGGGCACAACCACGCACUCUUACACCAGGCGGCCUCUCAAACAGCCGCUGCUCUACCAUGAGGAUGAGGGUGACCAGCUGGCAGCCCUGGCAGUCUGGAUCACCAUCCUCCGGUUCAUGGGGGACCUCCCCGAGCCCAAGUACCACACAGCCAUGAGCGACGGCAGCGAGAAGAUCCCCGUGAUGACCAAGAUUUACGAGACCCUGGGCAAGAAGACGUACAAGAGGGAGCUGCAGGCCUUGCAGGGCGAGGGCGAGGCCCAGCUCCCCGAGGGGCAGAAGAAGAGCAGUGUGAGGCACAAGCUGGUGCACUUGACCCUGAAGAAGAAGUCCAAGCUCACGGAGGAGGUGACCAAGAGGCUGCAUGACGGGGAGUCCACCGUGCAGGGCAACAGCAUGCUGGAGGACCGGCCCACCUCCAACCUGGAGAAGCUGCACUUCAUCAUCGGCAAUGGCAUCCUGCGGCCAGCGCUCAGGGAUGAAAUCUACUGCCAGAUCAGCAAGCAGCUGACCCACAACCCCUCCAAGAGCAGCUAUGCCCGGGGCUGGAUCCUCGUGUCUCUCUGCGUGGGCUGCUUCGCCCCCUCCGAGAAGUUCGUCAAGUACCUGCGGAACUUCAUCCACGGGGGGCCGCCCGGCUACGCCCCGUACUGUGAGGAGCGCCUCAGGAGGACCUUCGUCAACGGGACACGGACACAGCCACCCAGCUGGCUGGAGCUGCAGGCCACCAAGUCCAAGAAGCCCAUCAUGUUGCCCGUGACCUUCAUGGACGGCACCACCAAGACCCUGCUGACGGACUCGGCGACCACGGCCAAGGAGCUCUGCAACGCGCUGGCCGACAAGAUCUCGCUCAAGGACCGCUUUGGGUUCUCCCUCUACAUCGCCCUGUUUGAUAAGGUAGGGCCGCCCCGAAGCGCCUCCGCCUUGCACCGCCGUGAGCCCGUCCCAGUGCUGCCACCUAGUGGCCGCCGCGACGCAUCGGCAAGAACCUCGGCUCGCCUCCCGGCCGGAGACCCCUCCUCUGAGCGGGGCGCUUUGCUUCCCGACUCAGCAACGUCCCCUGAGCAGGGGUGUCCCGCGGCGGCCCGCGGUGGAGCCACGUCGUCGGGCUUGCCUGUGGCUCGCUCCUGCGCUUUCAGGGCCGAGCUCAGCCGGGGCGAGUCCGGCUGGGUGGGGCGAGGGGGGUUCCCCGGCUCCUCCGGCCUACCCCAGCGCAGGGGGCAUGAAGGCCAGGAGGAUGACCUGGCUGAGCUGGCCUCCCAGCAGUACUUUGUGGACUACGGCUCCGAGAUGAUCCUGGAGCGCCUGCUGAACCUUGUGCCCACCUACAUCCCGGACCGUGAGAUCACGCCCCUGAAGACGCUGGAGAAGUGGGCCCAGCUGGCCAUUGCUGCCCACAAGAAGGGGAUUUAUGCCCAGAGGAGAACUGAUGCCCAGAAGGUCAAAGAGGACGUGGUCAACUAUGCCCGCUUCAAGUGGCCCUUGCUCUUCUCCAGGUUUUAUGAAGCCUACAAAUUCUCAGGCCCCAGCCUCCCCAAGAACGAUGUCAUCGUGGCUGUCAACUGGACGGGUGUGUACUUUGUGGAUGAGCAGGAGCAGGUGCUGCUGGAGCUGUCCUUCCCGGAGAUCAUGGCUGUGUCCAGCAGCAGGGAGUGCCGUGUCUGGCUCUCGCUGGGCUGCUCUGAUCCGGGCUGUGCUGCACCUCACUCGGGCCGGGCAGGACUGACCCCGGCGGGGCCCUGUUCUCCGUGUUGGUCCUGCAGGGGAGCGAAAAUGACGGCCCCCAGCUUCACUCUGGCCACCAUCAAGGGGGACGAGUAUACCUUCACCUCCAGCAACGCCGAGGACAUCCGUGACCUGGUGGUCACCUUCCUGGAGGGGCUCCGGAAGAGGUCUAAGUAUGUCGUGGCCCUGCAGGACAACCCUAACCCUGCGGGAGAAGAGUCGGGCUUCCUCAGCUUUGCCAAAGGCGACCUCAUCAUCCUGGACCACGACACGGGCGAGCAGGUCAUGAACUCAGGCUGGGCCAACGGCAUCAAUGAGAGGACCAAGCAGCGUGGGGACUUCCCCACCGACUGUGUGUAUGUCAUGCCGACUGUCACCAUGCCACCGCGGGAAAUUGUGGCCCUGGUCACCAUGACCCCGGACCAGAGGCAGGAUGUCAUCCGGCUCCUGCAGCUGCGGACGCCCGAGCCCGAGGUGCGCGCCAAGCCCUACACGCUGGAGGAGUUCUCCUACGACUACUUCAGACCCCCGCCCAAGCACACGCUGAGCCGUGUCAUGGUGUCCAAGGCGCGAGGCAAGGACCGGCUGUGGAGCCACACGCGGGAGCCGCUCAAGCAGGCGCUGCUGAAGAAGAUCCUGGGCAGCGAGGAGCUGUCGCAGGAGGCCUGCAUGGCCUUCAUCGCCGUGCUUAAGUACAUGGGCGACUACCCAUCCAAGAGGACGCGCUCUGUCAAUGAGCUCACCGACCAGAUCUUCGAGGGGGCCCUGAAGGCCGAGCCCCUCAAGGACGAAGCGUACGUGCAGAUCCUGAAGCAGCUGACCGACAACCACAUCAGGUACAGUGAGGAGCGGGGCUGGGAGCUGCUCUGGCUGGGCACGGGCCUCCUCCCGCCGUCCCCGGUCCUGCCCCCUGCUGACCCUGCCCCUUCCUGCCCCAUUUUCAGAAACGGGUCCCGGAAGUACCCUCCACACCUGGUGGAGGUGGAGGCCAUUCAGCACAAAACCACCCAGAUCUUCCACAAGGUCUACUUCCCUGACGACACCGAUGAGGCCUUCGAGGUGGAGUCCAGCACCAAGGCCAAGGACUUCUGCCAGAACAUCGCCUCCCGGCUGCUCCUCAAGUCCUCCGAGGGAUUCAGCCUCUUUGUCAAAAUCGCAGACAAGGUCAUCAGCGUCCCGGAGAAUGACUUCUUCUUCGACUUUGUCCGACACCUGACAGACUGGAUAAAGAAGGCGAGGCCCAUCAAAGACGGAAUCGUGCCCUCGCUCACCUACCAGGUGUUCUUCAUGAAGAAGCUGUGGACCACCACGGUGCCAGGGAAGGACCCCAUGGCCGAUUCCAUCUUCCACUAUUACCAGGAGCUGCCCAAGUACCUCCGAGGCUACCACAAGUGCACGCGGGAGGAGGUGCUGCAGCUGGGGGCGCUGAUCUACAGGGUCAAGUUCGAGGAGGACAAGUCCUACUUCCCCAGCAUCCCCAAGCUGCUGCGGGAGCUGGUGCCCCAGGACCUUAUCCGGCAGGUCUCGCCCGAUGACUGGAAGAGGUCCAUCGUGGCCUACUUCAACAAGCACGCAGGCAAGUCCAAGGAGGAGGCCAAGCUGGCCUUCCUGAAGCUCAUCUUCAAGUGGCCCACCUUCGGCUCGGCCUUCUUUGAGGUGAAGCAAACUACAGAGCCAAACUUCCCUGAGAUCCUCUUAAUUGCCAUCAACAAGUAUGGGGUCAGCCUCAUCGAUCCCAGAACCAAGGACAUCCUGACCACGCACCCCUUCACCAAGAUUUCCAACUGGAGCAGCGGCAACACCUACUUCCACAUCACCAUCGGGAACCUCGUGCGUGGGAGCAAGCUGCUCUGCGAGACGUCACUGGGUUACAAGAUGGACGACCUCCUGACUUCCUACAUCAGUCAGAUGCUCACGGCCAUGAACAAGCAGCGAGGCUCCAGGAGCGGCAAGUGAGUGGUGUGGAGUAGGUGCUGGUUCCAUGCCCACUCGUGAGGCAGCAGCUGGCGCAGGCCCAUCAGCUACCCCUGCAGCUGGGGAGGACCUCUGCAGCUGGGGAGGACCUCAUUGGGCAGCAAGACUGGGCUGGCCGGCCACCUCUGACUGUACCAACUGGGCCUUUGACCUCCGUCCGGUGAGUCAGCCUCUCUGGGAGGCAGAGCCACCAUCCACCCCUGGCACCUGGGUUGGCCUGGUCCUAGCUUGCGUGACCUUCACAGUUGUAAGAGUCAGUGCUCCUUGGAUGCCUCUUGUGUCUCAGACCGGUCCCACCACGCAACCUCCUUUGACUUUCCAUGUACCAUUGUGACAGAGGAAUCAAGAGGACAAUCUCGCUCUCCAUCCUGGGAACAACCAAACCCUAUGUGCAUUGAAUAGGAUCCUCUGAAACCGAAGGGACUGGACCCUUAGCCGGGGUGAGGGCGACGGACCACUUUUAUAUAUUGCAGUGUGAGUGCUGGGCCCCUGCUGGGUCUCCCCGAUCGCCUCGGGGCAUAAAGUGUUUCAUCCUCUGG